AUGAUUGGUAGUAAAAUGGUGCUGACAUACAAGAGGAAGCGGUUCUCUUCAAGACCUGGUUUAGGGUUUGAAAAUGAGUGCCCUGAUCAAUCUUCUGGAUGUGAAACUUUACAAGUACUGAAAACAUCAGUCACAGAAGAAGAUUCAAAAUAUGAAUCCGAGAGAAAAGAUCCAGAGAUAUUGAACCCAUGUUCUGUAUAUAGUGGUGGCAGCAUUGCAGUCCAGUGUGACAGCAUACAGGACACGGGGAACUCAUCAUCUGAGAUGGUUAAAACAAAUGUGGACAUUGCUUCAGAUCCUUGCAGUUUGGUAUCUGUAAGUGGACAGGUCAACAAUGAAUCUAGUUUAGAAGCAGUUGACUUACCCUCAAAGGGUAAGUCUGCAGACACAGUGAAAGGGUUCCCGUUGAUAACAUUCAGUCGCAGAUCCAGACACAAGAAAGCUGUGGAUGGGAGUGGGUCAGCUGUUUUGGAGAAAGAUGAUCUACCGGUGACAAGUGGUAGUAAUGCCACAAUGAAUAAUGGUGUUAAUGUACAUCUUUCAACAGAUUUUACAGGAAAUGAUCCUAAUUCUAGAUGCUGCAUGGCAAGUCAAGAAAAGAAAACGAGCGAAGAUGUUGUUGAUCUUCCCGUUCCUAAAAUUGAAAUCAAUGAUAGAGCAAGUAGUGAAGAGUUGGUCGCUGAAAAAUGCAUAUUAAAGGACAACUUACCCACCAUAACAAAACCAACAUCAGGAAUGCCACCAAUGGAUGCAAUGUCUCAUGUGGGUCUGGGAACUUUAAAAGAUAAACAGCCGGAAGCAUCAGAAGCAGUAGACGAAUCACGGAUCUUAUCAAGUGAUGGAGUUACCACCGCCACCGCCACCGCCACCGACAAGAAAAGAGAUGGGGGCUCGCUUGCUUCUUUUGAUUUGUCAAAGCCUCCACCUGAAUCAGGUGGUUUGGUGGUGGAAUCUAGCUCUAAUAUACAAGUUGAAAAUAAUAUGUCAGAAACUCAUAGAGAUUCAGCUGACUCUACCAGCAGAAGUCACUCCACAGUUUUGCAUGAGUUUCCUUGUCAAGGAAAGGUACUGAAAUUGCUUGAUGAAAGAAUCGGGGAUGGGGAAACUCCUUUAUCUCAUUCUCAGGUACACCACUCUGGUCCCACUAGCAGCCACAUGUGGGCUGCUGACCCCCCUUCAGCAUCCAUAAGUCAAAGUCAAACAUCAAAAAAGAGCUUCCUUCAGCUUUUUCCGGAAGACAGAGUCCUGCCAUUAAAAGAAAAAUCCUUCACAUCAAAUGGGAAACAUCUGCACUUCCGCACCUCAACAACACCAACACCAACACCAACACCUUCCACUUCCACAACCCCUUUCGGUUUAGGUUUAUCAUCCCCAUGGCCACCCACACCAGGGGCAGGGGGACACUACCCCUACCCGUCCGACUCGGUCUCCCUAAUGAGACACAAAAUGAUGCUGGACAACAUUAUAAGUAAAGCAAGGAUCAUAAGUGGUAAAAAAGAGAAUUUCACGUGGUCGGAGGACGAACUUGACUUUUUAUGGAUCGGUGUAAGGAGACACGGGAUCGGAAACUGGGAUUCCAUGUUACGCGAUCCCCGACUUCAUUUCGCAUACUCGAGGUCCCCGAGGGAGUUGGCUGAGCGGUGGGAGGAAGAACACUCAAAGCUUUUAAUUACAAAAACGCCCCCCUCGCAAAAUAAGCGGUUUCGACCUACGGUUUCCAAGAAAUAUGAAGAACCACAACAACAGUUGUCCCUUGGUGUGAAGGGGAACUUACCUCAUUGGCUCUGGGAAGCUGUUAGUGUUCCACCUUCUGUUUCAUACACGGGUCAAUCUGGAAUGAUGCACUGGAUUAACCAACCGUUUUCGGGACCACAAGGUGGGACCCGUUUGCCUGACCCGAUGGUAUUGAAUGGGUCGGGUGAAGUAAUUGGGCCCCACCGUUGCGCUUCUGCUUCUGCUUCUGGUUCUGUUGGGAAAGUGGAUGAGGUGAUUGUGAUAAACAGUGAUGCGUCUUCUGAGGAGACUAUAUCCGAUGAUCAUAGACAGUGUUAGUUAGGGGUUAGGUGCAGGCAGGGUGAGUAGACUUGUAUGGAUGUUUGAAUCGUGUACAGGUCAAAUCAUGUUUGGAUUUGUACGUUGCUAUGGAUAUGGAUAUGGAUAUGGUAGUUUUUGAACUAACUAAUUAGUUGUUUUUUUUUUCAGGGGC